CAAAGUUUAAAAAAUGAGCUAUUUACAACUAUAAAUACUGCAACAAUUGAAGACAUUGAUCAUAUAUUUGAUGCUAUUUUAAAGCUAGAUCAAACUAUGUCGAAAACUGAUAAAAUCUGGAAAACUGUUAAAAAUAAG